AUGAACGGGCACUCGCCAGCUGCUGAUCCGUCUCGCGAGGAGUCGCCCAUCCGCGAUACGGACCAGUACUCGCCCACCGAGACUGCCUUUGCGCCCAUCACUUCUUCUAGCCGGCAUCACCACAAACACUCCGAGAGUGACGCAACAUAUGGAGAAGACAAUGGACUUCAACGCCGGGAUUCUACCCUCAUCAUGGAGGAGGGUGACCGCAGGGAACUGCGCAGGAUCGCCACGGCCAUGUCGCAACGUCGCCGGCAAUCCUUGGCGUCCUUGCCAGAGGGACAGGUCCCUGACUCCUUUGACAGUGACAGCGAUCCGUCCAUGGACCCUACAAGCAAGUCUUUUGACCUGAAGAAGUGGCUGCAGAACACCAUCGAAGCUUUGCGACAAGAGGGUAUCAGCUUGAAGUCGGCCGGCGUCGCGUUCAAGGACCUGAGUGUCUCGGGUACCGGAGACGCCUUGCAGCUUCAGCAAACGGUCGCCUCUGUGCUCCAAGCUCCCCUCAAACUGGGAGAGCACUUCAGUUUCGGCAAGAAGGAACCGAAGCCCAUCCUCCGCAGCUUCAAUGGCCUGCUCAACACCGGCGAGCUUCUCAUCGUGCUUGGCAGGCCUGGCUCUGGCUGUAGCACUUUACUCAAGACCAUCACAGGCCAGCUCCAUGGUCUCCACAUGGACGAGAAGUCCGUCGUGCACUACAACGGCAUUCCGCAGAAGGAGAUGAUGAAAGAGUUCAAGGGUGAAACAACCUACAACCAAGAGGUCGACAAGCACUUUCCUCACUUGACUGUCGGCCAAACCCUUGAGUUUGCUGCUGCCGUGCGCACACCGUCGAACCGCAUCCACAGGAUGUCCCGCGAGGAAUACCACAAGAGAAGCGCUCAGAUUGUCAUGGCAGUCUGUGGUCUGAGCCACACCUACAACACCAAGGUUGGCAAUGACUUCAUCCGCGGUGUUUCGGGUGGCGAGAGGAAGCGUGUCAGUAUCGCCGAAAUGAUGCUUGCUGGCUCUCCUAUGGCGGCGUGGGACAACAGCACCCGUGGCCUUGAUUCCGCAACAGCCCUCAAGUUCGUACAGUCUUUGAGGCUCGCUGCCGACUUUUCCGGCUCCGCCCACGCUGUGGCAAUUUACCAAGCCAGCCAGGCCAUCUAUGAUCUUUUUGACAAAGCUGUCGUUCUCUAUGAGGGUCGCGAGAUUUUCUUUGGCCGUGCCAGCGAGGCCAAGGCGUACUUUGAGCGGAUGGGCUGGCAUUGCCCCCAACGCCAGACUACUGGCGACUUCCUUACAUCUGUGACCAACCCACAAGAGCGUCAGGCGCGCAACGGCAUGGAGAACAAGGUGCCGCGUACCUCGGAUGAGUUCGAGCGGUACUGGCUCGCAUCUCCCGAGUUCGAGGCUCUUCGUCACGAGAUCGAAGAGCAUCAACAAGAGUUCCCAAUUGAUGCCCACGGCCAAACCAUUUCUGAGAUGCGCGAGAAGAAGAAUAUCAGACAGUCGAGGCACGUCCGCCCCAAGUCACCCUAUACAGUCAGUCUGGCCAUGCAGGUCAAACUCACGACGAGACGAGCCUACCAGCGUAUCUGGAAUGACAUUUCGGCGACUGCAAGCCAUGCAGUCAUGCAGCUCGUCAUGGCUCUCAUUAUUGGUUCCGUCUUUCACCAGAAUCCAGAUACAACGGCAGGUCUCUUUGGCAAGGGAUCCGUUCUCUUCCAAGCCAUCCUGAUCAGCGCUCUCUCUGCCAUCUCUGAAAUUAACAACCUGUACUCUCAACGCCCGAUCGUCGAAAAGCACGCCUCGUAUGCCUUCUAUCAUCCCGCAGCAGAAGCUAUAGCUGGAAUCGUCUCCGAUAUACCGAUCAAGUUCAUCACUUCGACCGUGUUUAACGUCGUUCUCUACUUUCUGGCCGGCUUGAGAGCGGAACCUGGACAGUUCUUCCUCUUCUUCCUGAUCACGUACAUCUCCACCUUCGUUAUGAGCGCCAUUUUCCGGACUCUCGCGGCUGUCACCAAGACCGUCUCACAAGCUAUGAUGUUGGCUGGUGUCAUGGUCUUGGCACUAGUCAUCUACACCGGUUUCGUUAUUACUGUCCCGCAAAUGCACCCCUGGUUCGGUUGGAUCCGCUGGAUCAACCCAAUCUUCUACGCUUUCGAAAUCCUGAUCGCCAAUGAGUUCCAUGGCCAGAACUACGAGUGUGACACCAUUGUUCCGCCUUAUUCGCCGCCCGUUGGAGACUCUUGGAUCUGCACGACUGUGGGUUCCGUCCCUGGACAGCGAACUGUGAGUGGUGACGCCUUCAUGGAGACAAACUACCACUACUAUUACUCCCACGUUUGGCGCAACUUUGGUAUUCUCAUUGGCUUCUUGAUCUUUUUCAUGAUUGUCUACUUCGCAGCCACCGAGCUCAACUCGACGACGAGCAGCUCUGCCGAGGUUCUUGUAUUCCAGCGCGGCCAUGUUCCCAGCCACCUCAAGGACGGAGUCGACCGCGGCGCCGCUAAUGAGGAGAUGGCUGCCAAGGCUGCGUCUAAGGAGGAAGUUGGUGCCAACGUUGGAUCGAUUGAGCCUCAAAAGGAUAUCUUUACUUGGAGAGACGUGUCUUAUGACAUUGAGAUCAAGGGCCAAGGGCGCCGGCUUCUCAACGAAGUUUCUGGAUGGGUCAAGCCAGGCACAUUGACUGCCCUGAUGGGUGUUUCGGGUGCUGGCAAGACAACUCUUCUCGACGUCUUGGCCCAGAGAACUACCAUGGGCGUUAUUACUGGCGACAUGUUUGUCAAUGGAAAGCCUUUGGAUGCCAGCUUCCAGCGCAAGACGGGUUAUGUUCAGCAGCAAGAUCUCCAUCUUCAGACGUCCACUGUUCGUGAGAGCUUGCAGUUCAGUGCUGAGCUUCGCCAGCCCAAGACCGUGAGCAAGGCUGAGAAGCAUGCCUUUGUCGAGGAAGUCAUUGACAUGCUCAACAUGCGCGACUUUGCUGACGCCGUUGUCGGUAUUCCCGGCGAGGGUCUCAAUGUUGAACAGCGCAAGCUCCUUACCAUUGGUGUCGAGCUCGCAGCGAAGCCUAAACUUCUUCUCUUCCUUGACGAACCUACGAGCGGUCUCGACUCUCAGAGCUCUUGGGCCAUUUGUGCGUUCCUGCGCAAGCUCGCAGAUGCGGGUCAGGCUGUCUUGUGUACUGUGCAUCAGCCUAGUGCUAUUCUGUUCCAGCAGUUCGAUCGCUUGCUUUUCCUGGCAGCUGGCGGCAAGACGGUCUACUUUGGCAACAUUGGAGAGAACUCGCACACGCUCCUUGAUUACUUCGAGACCAAUGGCGCUCGCAAGUGCCACGACGACGAGAACCCGGCUGAGUACAUGCUUGAAAUCGUCAACAACGGAACAAACCCCAAGGGCGAAGACUGGCACAGCGUCUGGAACGGAAGCCCAGAGCGUCAAAGCGUCCGAGACGAGCUUGAACGCAUCCAUGCCGAGAAGGUUGCCGAACCAGUGGCUGGCGAGCACGAGGCUGGUGCUCACUCUGAAUUCGCCAUGCCGUUCACCGCUCAGCUCGUUGCCGUGACGCAUCGCGUCUUUCAACAAUACUGGCGUAUGCCCAGUUACGUCUUCUCCAAGUUUAUCCUCGGAACUGCCGCUGGUCUUUUCAUCGGUUUCUCUUUCUAUGGCGCUGAGGGAUCCCUCGCUGGCAUGCAAAACGUCAUUUUCGGCGUUUUCAUGGUCAUCACCAUCUUCUCCACCCUCGUCCAACAGAUUCAGCCUCACUUCCUGACCCAGCGCGCUCUCUACGAAGUCCGCGAACGUCCUAGCAAGGCCUACUCUUGGAAGGCCUUCAUGCUUGCCAACGUCGUCGUCGAGAUUCCCUACCAGAUCGUGACGGCUAUUCUGAUCUACGCUUGCUUCUACUACCCCAUCAUUGGCGUCCAAUCCUCCGCACGUCAGGGUCUUGUCUUGCUUUUCUGCAUCCAGCUCUUCCUCUAUGCGAGCUCGUUCGCACAGAUGACCAUCGCCGCCUUCCCGGAUGCCCUGACUGCUUCCGCGGUUGUCACCCUCUUAGUUCUGAUGAGCUUGACAUUCUGCGGUGUUUUGCAGACGCCCGACAACCUUCCUGGAUUCUGGAUUUUUAUGUACCGUGUCUCGCCCUUCACUUACUGGGUGAGCGGUAUUGUCUCAACGCAGCUACACGAUCGCCCCGUCACGUGUUCGCAAGAGGAGGUAUCUAUUUUCAGCCCGCCUUCCGGUCAGACGUGCGGCGAGUAUCUCCAGGCCUUCCUCGAGCAGGCCCCCGGCGUGCUGCAGAACCCUAACGACACUGAGUCUUGCCGCUACUGCUCACUCAGCGUGGCUGACCAGUAUCUUGCUGGCAGCAGGAUUUUCUACUCUGAAAGGUGGCGCAACUUUGGCAUCAUGUGGGCCUUCAUCCUCUUCAACAUUUUCGUUGCUGUUGUGUCAUACUGGGCAUUCCGCGUCAAGAAGUGGAAUGUGAAGAAGCCCAAGAAGGCUUGA